AUGGCUGAUGAUAGCUCAGAAGACGACUAUAUUGCCAGCGGCGAGGACGAGUAUUCCUCGUCGCCAAGCGAGAAUGCGCCUCCGAACGCGCCUUCGGCCCAAUACCGCAGGACUCAUCCUUAUCCGAAGCCAAACCAGAAGCCCAUAAGAGGAUAUCUUAGCAAGGCUUAUCGAGACCUCCUGAACACAGAGAUUGAGGACGUCAACGCUCGCAAUCGGAAGCCUGGGUUAGACGCGUCUCACGUUGGCGCUUCGCGAUGGACGUCUCGAGAAAAGGACGCUCUAUUCCAAUGUUUGGCUUCACGUAGUCCUGACGAUCUGCCAGCUUUAGGGCGAGCUGUCUGCACGAAAAGUGAGCCAGAAAUCCGCGCAUAUCUCCUUUUGUUGCAAGCAGGUGUAAUUUCACAAGAUUCCAAGCAAGUCAACCUGCAGAAGAAGAAUGUGCCCCUACACGAAGAGAUCCCUGCUGCUGCUGAGAUUUCCCCAGAAGGCGAGCACGUUCUGGAUCUCGCAGCAGAUGCACUUGCUGUCCAUGUCGAGAAACACAUACAUCAGCAACAACGUGACAGAUUUGGCGAUGAGUGGCUUGUCGAUGCAGACGUAGCGGAGCGUAUGGACGUGCUGCAGGACCAGAACCGACCCGAUGCUGACAUAAAUGCGAUUGGCUUGCCUGAAGCAGACGGAAUGGGCUCGGGGGCUGCCCAUAGCGGUACAGUAUCACAUGCUACGUUUGAAUCUAUCCUGCGUCCCUCGGCCUUUCUCCAGCUGUCUCGGAACCUUUACAUGAACAACAGUGAGGACGACAAUCUCAAUUGGCACCACGUUGAUUCAAUGUCUACAGAUCCGAUGGAGCCGGCACUUUUCCGUACUGCGCUGGAGGACUUUCGCCAGAUUACUGUUAGCAUCACGCGGCGCAUAGUGCAGGCAACUAUAUUCCAGGCAACAUCACGAUUGAGGGCAGAGGAUGCCAGUCGUAAGGAUUGGAGUCCGCUUGGCGCAAUUCGAGAAGUCGACGUUCGGACUGCAGUCGACUUUCUCCACAUGCCCUGCGACAGCAAGCGGUACUGGGCGACCGCAGCCCGUAGAUGUAGGGUGGGUGUGUUCAGCGACUCCAAAAAGUAUGCUGAUGGAAGGCCCUCCACUAAAAGUGGCCAUCUCUUGACCUACGAAGAGGUCGAGAGCGAACUCGGCUUGCCUAGGCCCAAAGAUUCGGGGCUCCGCAAGGACUCCGAUACCGACAUCCUUGAUGAGGAUGAUUUUCUGGACAUGGAUGAUAGCGAUCUAUUCACUGAAGAGGAGCACGCGGUGUCAUCAGACGAACUACCGCAGGAAUCCGAAGGGCCAGCUCCAACCAAGAUAACGAGGAAGCGUAAGCGAGCUCUGAGUCCCAGAUCCUCCCUUCGCGCCGAAACCACUCAUUUGAACGCCAUCGAUGAAGCUGCCAGCAUGCGGGAUGAGAAGCGUCUUUGGGAGCUCCUAAGGCUUGAUCCUCCCGAGCACAUAUCCAGGGAUCGAGAGACGCAUUUAAGCCUCAAUAAUGCGAAGCCGCGAGCCGAAAUCGGCGCAAACUGGCGCAGACAUCUUGAUUAUGAGGCCGAAUGGGAGCAAAUAGGCGGGGUACCAGCAGCAAAGCGGUUCAAGUGUAUGAAUGCUCUUGGACAGGCUGGGAGAACGAGAAGAGAGACGCUUUCGAACAUUCUGCGAAGACGACUUGAAACGACAUGCGGACAGGACGGCAAGUCACAUGACGCAGUAAACCACGGACGACACGAUGACGAUGGCGAUGGCAGCGAAGCAGGUUUGGGAACUGUUGCGUUGUCUGAGGGUGGCAGCACGGAGGGGAGUGGAUGA